ACCCUGUCUACCGUAUUUGUAAACAACGUGCAUAUUUGAAAUAACUUGAGUUAUCUUUUAUUUGAAAAUGCGUGAUAAUACUCCUCCAACGUCACCAUACAACAGUAAUGCUGAAGAUGAAAUAAUCUACGAGAUAGAUGACAUAAAUGAAUUUGAGGAAGUAGAAGAAUUAAGCGAUAAUGAAGAAGUUUUGGAAGAUGAAAAUAUGGAGGAUGUUAUUGAAAAUCAACCACCAGAACGUGAUGAUUCUUUUCUAACGUUCAAUAAACAUAAUAGUGCCUUAUUUUGUGGUUCAUUUCAUCCUGAUGGUGUGCUUGCUGUUACUGGAGGGGAAGAUGAUAAAGCCUUUGUUUGGAAGAUAGAAACAGGAGAAGUUGUUUACGAAGUUACUGAGCAUAAAGACAGUGUUGUAGCAGUGGAAUUUUCAUACGAUGGAGGAUAUCUUGCUACCGCGGACAUGGCUGGUGAAGUAAAAGUUUUUAAAGUUGAAAAGAAUUAUAAAAAAGUAUGGGAAUAUUCAAUGGGAGAUAUUUCAUGGAUGAAAUGGCAUAGAAAAUCUAAUGUUUUGCUGGCAGGUUCUGAAGUAGGUGAAAUAUUUAUUUGGCGUAUUCCAUCAGGUGAAUGCAAAGUUCUUCAAGGCACUGGAGAGAAAUGUGAAGUUGCAAUGUUUACAAAUGAUGACAGAAUGUUGGCGGCAGGAUAUGGGGACGGAACUUUUAAGUUAUGGGAUGUUAAGAAUCAACAAACAGUGCAAAAUAUAUCUUCAGUGACGAGUAACACGGAUACUGAAAAUUCCGAAGUUUCUUCUAUCAUCUCUUUAAGCACAGACAGUGAAAACAACAUAGUAAUUGCAGGAUGUGUCGAUGGAACAGCAAAACUUUUUGGACCCAAUGGACUUAUUGGACAUUUAACAAUACCAUCAUCAAAUUCAGAAACUUCUUCUGUUGAACAAGUUUUAAUUGAUUAUCCAGGCUUUGAUCUAAAGAUUGCAGUCACUGGAAGUUUGGAUGGAAAGGUAAUAAUUUGGGAUGUCGCUCACCAAACUUUAAGAAACGAAUGUAAAGAUGAGAAUCCCACAGGAAUUACAAAAUUAAUCUGGCUGAAGGAUUUCAUGGUUUUAGGAGGAACACUUGGAGGUUCUAUCAAAGUUUGGAAUAUUAGAAAUGGUGAAAAAAUUUUCACACUUUUAGGCCAUGCUAACAAUAUUCACGAUAUCGCUUAUCACAAAGAAAAAAAUUUGUUAUUAUCUGUUUCUGAGGAUAAAACUGCAAAAAUAUUUAAAAUUUCAGAUUACUUUUAAAAUAUUGUUAAUACUAAAAGAUUAAUAAAACAUAUGAAUCGAAAUAUCAA